UUGCUCGACCUAGCCGCUCGCACCGCCUCUGCCUCUCGAUAUCUCCAGUUCGUCCGGCGUCCGCCGCCGCCCCGCCCCGCCGUCCUGCGCUACUCCGCGGGGCGCUUGUGUCUAACCUCUCUGACCGGCGACCAGAGUCACCGGCGGCCGCCGUUCCCGACUGCUCCGCAGUGCUGCUGCCUUUCUUUCUGCUGCGCCAGGACUGGAAACUUUUCUACAUGGGGAAGAAGCCGGGCAAUGCUGGCCCUUCCUCGGCAUCCAGGCCCAUGAACCAGGCCAUGUCGCUCCGCGAGGAGACCUCCGGGAAGGCGCAGGCCGACGUGCCCUCCCUCCUGAGGGUCCAGCACCUGCAGCGGCUGGGGGCAUGGGCGAGUGGGGAGGCGGGAGUUGGCUCGAUCGGGGCGCUGCUGGGCCACCGCCUCGCCACGAACGCCGAGGCGUCUGGGAUUCCCGUUGAAGCCUCCACCUUCCUUUGCCAGAGGUGUGAAUCAAUCUUACAGCCAGGUUUCAACUGCACAAUCCGCAUAAAGAACAACAAAAAGAAAGCAAAGCGGCGCAAGAAGUCAAAUCCUGGCCAAAACAGUGUUGUCUAUGCAUGUCAUUUCUGUGGAGAUCAAAACCUGAUACGGGGUAGUGGAAAGGGUAUCGUGAAGGGCCUGUUAGCAUCGAGAAAGCCUGUUAGCACAAUGUUGAAAGGAGAAACUAUGAACGCGCCAACAGUAACUACUAAAAAGGGGAUCGAGCAUUCUGUAACAGCAGCAUCCAGGUUGAAAAUAUCCACUCCUGAAGAUUAUAAAAUGGAGAAAGGGGCAGUUUUCUCAAUGGUGGAUCAUGGUCAGUUAGCGGCUGCACACGAAGACAUCCUGCAGAAAAUCGAAGUAGAAAGCGCACAUGAUAAAUGUGUGAAUGGAAUUGAAUCUGCGGCUUCUAAAAAUACUACAACAUGUGAACCCGAUGUCACUUCUCAAGCAGAAUUUCUAGCUGGGUCAAACUUUGUUACUCCUCUGAAGAGCAAACUGGCGGAAGUGACUGCGCCUAUAGGUUCAGCAGAACCAUUGAAGACUAGAAGUACACUGAACAAUAAAGCGAAGAAUUGUGGUUCAGUUGCUGCCAAGACCCCUGGAAGUUAUAGCAAGUCAGCAUCAAAUAAAAAGUCUGCACCAGGUGAUUCUACUCAGCCAGCUGGCAGUUCAAGGAAGCGGGCAAGAAAAGGGUGGACUACUCUGAAGCAGAUUGCUGAGAAGGACGAACUUGAGAGAAAAGAGAAGAUGGAUAACUUUGUAAUCCCGUUCUUCAUGCAGUAAAAUAUCUUUUACAGUUGGCACCUGUUGUAAACGUUUGGCUGGAAGAACUGUUACAUUUUUAGUGGUAUUUUUUAGUUUUGUACUUCUGCACCAA